UGUUCUUUAAAUGUUAUUGAGUGCGGUCGUUAGAUGCGAUUGUUUGAUCUCAUCGUUUCUAUGCUCUACCAUCGCAAUAUAUUCCAGUUUUUACAAAAUAUGAAAAGAACAUUACCAAAAUAAAGUAUACUUCGUUUAUUGAAUUUUUAUUUGUGUUUUUUUUUGUUGAGGAUUUUCGGUAUGCUCGGUACAGUGACUCACUUUUCGGCACGGAUGUUGUUUUGAAAAAUAAUGCAUAAUAAUAAGACCCAUGAUAAAUUAACGCUGACUAAGCCCUAGACGAAAUCGAAAACCAUUAUGAACAUUUAUCCCCAGAAAGAACUAUCUCAGUGUAAUAAAGUGUAAUUAUUAAGGGUGAAAUUUAUUUUUCAAUUAUAAAACGAAAUCUAUUCAAGUCGACAUAUGAUAUAAUAUUUUUGGAUAACCUUGGAUACACACACAACUGAUCUUUCAAAACCUUAUAAGAUGCUGAAACACGUUCAAAUCUCGCCAAUGCGAAAUCGCUCGGACACAGUGUCUCUGCGCUCUUCUAGUAAUGUUUCAUUAUGCGCCAGUUCCAUUUGCGAUAGUUCCGAUCCGUCAUUAGAACUGCAAAGAACACCAUCACGAGCCUCGAGCUACUCAAGUCUUACUGAGCAACUCCCACAAACAACCAUCAAAGUCUAUACAAACUAUUUGAAAAUUGACAUUGAGUACAAGACGCUUGGCAUACAGUGGGACACAACAAGCAAGGAGGUAAUCACUCAGCUCUUGAAACGCCUCAAGAUGCAUCAUCGGGAUCCACGACUUUUCUAUCUCUCCAUGGAGGUGGCUGUAAGGCGUGCCGGAGUGAAAACUAUCUUAACGCUUGAUGAAGACACACGACCAGCCAUUAUGCAAGCGUGCCACCCAAAAGGUGAAUCGCGAUUCUGCUUGCAGAUCAAGCCUGGCGGACUAAUACGGGUUCACACCUCGGCAUUACACCCGAGCUCGCAGUACAAAUCGCUGGUGAUCAGUAAAGAGACAAACUGCGAUGAGCUUCUACAGCUUCUGCUAGCCUGUUAUAGCUCCCUUGAGCCAGUUGAGUGCUUCUCUCUUUACGAAGUCUGUCCUGGGCAGGAGUACCAGCGAAAGCUGCAUCCCGACGAUUUGCCCCUACAAGCCCAAGCAGAACGUCUGCGUCGGAAUGAGAGCUGUCACUUUCUCAUUCGUAGGACACCCAACUAUUCUCGUCGCCGUCAGUUGUUGGCCGAUCUUAAUCAGGCUAUCAGCCAGAGCCAGGCCGUAUCAGUAUCCAAUGAAGUUGAAGAAUAUUGUGCUGAUGCUAGCAGCCUAUUAGAGCUUUCAAUGGAGUCCGAACUGUCCUUAUCCGACGAAGUGCGUAGUUGCAGCAGUGCCGAGGAUGACGAAUGCGCUAGUAGCUCUGGCUCAUCAGACAACUCCACAGAGUGUGCUUUAUACCGCAAUUUCUACCAACGAUCCGUACCUGCCCCCAUUAAUGCCGGAGCAAAGGACAGUAACAACAAUUACCGAGAAUUGUCUCCUCAAGUUCGAGCGUACAGUCCCGUUUACAACAUACGAGAAAUUCGUACAGCAGGACACACGUUCUCUUCUUUGGGUAAAGACAAGAAACUGCUUGAUAUCCACAUAAACGCUAGAUAUGCACCCAACGGACUAUAUAAUCAAAUCUUACCAAUCGAUGAAGCAAGCAAUCGAUUAAACGCCAGAACAACAGUUUUAACAUCAUCGACAGCGAUGCCGUCAGCAAGAGGCAAAUUGACAGCAGAGGUAGUUAACAACAAUCCAGCUGAAGGACUUGGCCACUUUGUCUAUUUGUAAGGUCAAAACUGCGAUUUGUACAUACAGCAAAUAAAACAUGAGCUGAUUAGUUUUUAGCUAUUAUUUAACAAAUAAAAUUAAACACCCCAAAUAAAAUUACCAAUAGGACCAAAGAGGCAUUUGUAAGCUAAGCACAAGCACAUAAGCAGUGUAAAUGUUAUAAAUUCCAAUAUAAAAUAUUUUAAAUACAUAGGUAACCUUAGAAAGCGGAUCCUUAAGAUUCUUCACGGAGGUCUGAGUGACAACCCUUGGAAAUUACAGAUAAAAUACGGUAGCUGAAGUCAAUUUAAGUCGAAGAAUGAGGAAGAAAUAAAUUACCAAUAUGUAUAUAUAAGUGCUCAAAACGAUUUUGUUAAAAUAUUACAAAGGAAAAAAUAAACAAUAACACAGAAUAAUUAAAACAUUAUU